AUGUGUGAUUCAAUUAUUGUUGGUAAAAUAAACAAUAGUAUAAUGAUUGGUACUGUCAAUAGAUUACUAUUAAAUGUUACUAAAGAUGAAUGUAUAUGUGAAAUGAUGAAAAUAAAUGUAUUUUUAUUAUCUGGAUUAAACUAUUUUUCGACAAAUAGAAGUUGUGAAUUAUUUUAUUCGAAUAACAAUUCGAUUGUUAUUGAAUAUAAUGUGAAUUCUGAUUUUAUAUUUAUAAAUCAAUCAGCAAUAUCAAUAACAAAUAAACCGAUCAUAACAUUAACGACAACAUCCACCACCACAUCAACCUCAUCAUCAUCCACUACAAGAACCACUUCUUCAACUUCAUCAUCAUCAACAACAACAUCAAAAACAACUUCAACAAGCACAACAUCAACAACUACCACGACAACAACAACUACUACGUUUAUAUUUAAUUCUACUUGUUCUAAAUAUUAUUGUUGCACAUUUGGUCCUACUCCUUGUGUUUACAAUAAUCACGCCUGUGCAUGUGACAAUACUGGUGUUAACGGUCCAAGUGGUAAUUUUUUUUGUCGUAAUUGCACUGGUCAAGGUCCUUCUACUUAUUAUGGUGGUGGUGGUUGUUAUUAUGGUGGUUGGUAUUAUUCUGGUUGUUAA